ACCUCUAAUGACAUUCAACGACAUAACCUAAUUUUUGUAGAUCCGGGAAAAUGAGUUUCCUCACUAUAUUUUCCUCAAUAAAUAAGAGUUUUCUCACAUAUUCUCUUGCGAGAUUUUACUCUAAUGGAGUGGCUCCAAUUGCAAUGACAAAAAAGAAGAAAUUGGGAAAGCUCGGUCCGGUGGCGGAAAAGAAGGAAAUUCCCGUGGAAACCGAUGUUAAUCGGCUGGUUAACUUUGUCUGCGGCAGUAACAUCUACAAAACCGGCGAAGAUAUUCAGUUGAAACCAGAUUCUGAAUACCCAGAAUGGCUCUGGAAGAUGCACACCGGAAAGCCCCUGCCCCUUGAGGAACUUGAUCCAAAUACCAAACACUACUGGAGACGCCUCCGGAAAAUGGCCCAUCGACGGAAUAAUCAGCUGUUAAAGCUGAAGAAAUUCUAAUAGACAUGCUGUAGUUCAUUUUAUUACUCUUUAUUCUCAAAUUGGAAAUAUAAUUGUUUAAAUUACGCAAAAA